AUGGGUCGUGGUGUGAGUAGCGGCGGUGGUCAGAGUUCCUUGGGUUAUCUCUUCGGUACCGGAGAGCCGACCAACAAUGCUCAGCGUGCAAAUACUCAAGUUGAACCUUCAAGUGGCGGGCGUUUGCAAAAUGCUACCGUUGCUCCACCAGCUACUAUUGCUUCACUAGCUGGUGUUGCUUCACCGGUUAGGGUUGCUUCACCACCGAUUGACAAGGAAACUCCAGCUGGAAUUCCUGGGUGUCUCAAGAACAAUUACCAUCGCGCCGAUGGACAAAACUGCGGCAACUUCCUUACUGAUCGACCUUCGACAAAAGUUCACGCUGCCCCGGGUGGUGGAUCUUCCUUAGAUUAUCUCUUUGGCGGCCCUUCUCCGAGUAGUAAAUAA